AAAAACAAUUAAUAAACUACACUCAUCGUAGUUGCAGCAGAGUGUGGGUUCGUCUUCUCUUAUCUCAGAAGCCAAAAUAAUGAAAAAGCGAACUCCUUGAGAGGGGAAGAUUCAAGAACAAGAUUCUAAAGCUUCUCUUCAAAGCCACUCUCUUUCUGCAAUCUUUUGAUGCUGAUAGUUUCGCCAUUAAAGCUUUCACGCCAUCUCCCACGAGAAAUCGGUAGACUUCUCUCACGGAAAAGCACUCUUCUCUUCUCAAAACCUCACUUUCUCCUCCUUUAUAUAACCCUCUGCUUCACUCAGCUUCUCACUACAUGCAAAUGGCAGAGCACAAUCUUAGAGUUGUAGUUUCUUACAUUUUCUUGGCUUUCUUUUUUCUCCAAUGCAAGUUCUUUGUGCAUGCAAUUUUGGACCCUGUUGAUUUCCUGGCUCUGCAAUCCAUUAGAAAGGCAUUAGAUGACUUGCCGGGCUCCAACUUCUUCGCUUCCUGGGACUUCACUUCUGAUCCUUGUAACUUUGCUGGUGUUUACUGUGAGGAUGACAAAGUGAUCUCUCUUAAUCUUGGUGAUCCAAGAGCUGGUUCUCCUGGUCUCACCGGUCGCCUGGACCCUGCUAUUGGUAAGCUCUCUGCUUUGGCUGAGUUCUCUAUUGUACCCGGCCGGAUAAUUGGUUCACUGCCAGAAUCUCUCUCCCAGUUGAAAGACAUGCGCUUUCUCGCCAUUAGCCGGAACUUCCUCUCAGGUGGGAUUCCAGCCACUCUAGGCCAGCUGCGCAAUCUCAGAACCCUUGAUCUCAGCUACAAUCAGCUCACCGGAGAGAUUCCUCGCUCUAUUGGUACCAUACCGGGACUGUCUAACGUCAUUCUCUGCCACAACCGCCUCUCCGGAUCGGUCCCACCAUUUCUCUCGCAGUCAUUGACUCGGCUCGAUUUGAAACACAACGCUCUAUCCGGUUCGCUUGCACCAUCCUCUCUGCCUCCAUCGCUACAGUACCUAUCUCUUUCAUGGAAUCGGCUCAGCGGGCCUGUGGACCGGUUACUGAACCGGCUGGACCAGCUAAACUAUCUGGACCUAAGCAUGAACCUGUUUAGUGGUUGCAUUCCGAGCCGGGUCUUCACAUUCCCAAUAACCAACCUUCAAUUACAGAGAAAUCUAUUCACCGGUCCAAUCGAACCGCCCAAUGAGGUAACAAUAGGGACCGUUGAUCUGAGCUACAACAGAUUGUCGGGUCAAAUAUCGCCCAUGUUCUCUAGCGUCCAAAAUCUGUACCUGAACAAUAACCGGUUUACGGGUCAAGUACCUGGAAGUUUCGUAGACCGUUUACUAGCCGCGAGUAUACAGAUACUGUACUUGCAGCACAAUUAUCUUACCGGGAUUGAGAUUAAUCCAUCGGCUGAGAUUCCAUUGAGCAGCUCGUUGUGCUUGCAGUAUAAUUGUAUGGUCCCGCCCGUACAGACGCCGUGCCCAUUGAAGGCCGGGAAGCAGAAGACUAGACCAACAGAACAGUGCGGCGAGUGGAAAGGGUGAAGUUGGAAUUUGAGGGAGUCUAAACGAGGGCAAAAUCGGAAGACUGAUGCAAAUAUAUUCAUUUCCAUUUUUUGGAGUUUUGGGUGUUUUUCUUAUUUCAUUGAUUUAUUAUAUAUUUUUUUAAAAUGCAAUAUUAAGUAGGGUAAAAGAUAAAUAAGGAAGAUUUUGUGGAUAAUUUGAUGAGAGAUACUUAUGGCAAAUGGAUUCAAUGCUGUAGCUUUUCCUC